AGGAAGAAAAUCACUGCGGGCAGAGAGUGGUGAACGUGGAGUAAAAUUCAGUGGGAAUGUUCGGAUGUGAGAUGAAAAACUUCAGUCCCAUGCAGACCUCUACUCUGCACAUGCGACAAACACUAGGAAGUGUAAUCGAGUUUUAUUUUGAUCUGGAGACUUAUGUAUUACUUUUAUGCUGCCUUUAUGUCCUUUUUUCAUAUUGAAAAUUUGGUUACCAUUCAUUUUCAUUGUAUAGACAAACAGACAUCAUAUCUCCAUUAAAAUAUCUUCAUUUAAGUUCCACGGAAGAAAGAAAGACAUACGAAUUUGAGACCACAUACUGUAAGGGCUGCAGCACAUCUUUUCUACUGGGCUUUGCUGUAUUAUGAGCUGUAGUAAACCAACACGCUUUGAUCAAUUCUCAGGAGGACCUGUGGCAACCAACACUGUAUCCUCACCUGACAUCAACAAAUGUACCAAAAUGGAGACUAGUUUUGGAUCUACAUUUCCAGCAGUUCCCCAAGUAGCUAAAGCAGAAACUAAUUACAAACAGCACCGCAGGACUCCUUCAUCCUCUAGCACUCUGACAUACUCCCCUCGUGAUGAGGAUGAUGGCAUGCCACCCAUCAGUACCCCUCGCCGCUCAGACUCUACCAUUUCGGUUCGUUCCCUGCACUCUGAGUCCAACAUGUCGCUGCGCUCCACCUUUUCCCUGCACGAGGAAGAGGAAGACACAGAGCCGCAGGUGUUUGCGGAGCAGCCUUCCAUUAAGCUUUGUUGCCAGCUGUGCUGUAGUGUGUUUAAGGACCCCGUGAUCACCACCUGCGGACACACAUUCUGCAGGCGCUGUGCCUUGACCUCAGAGAAGUGCCCAGUGGAUAACUCCAAGCUUACAGUGGUAGUGAAUAACAUAGCGGUUGCUGAGCAGAUCGGUGAGCUCUUCAUCCACUGCAAGUACGGCUGUCGGCCAGCUGCCUCAGGCAAGCCUGGUGCCUUUGAGGUUGACCCACUUGGCUGUCCUUUCACUAUCAAGCUCAGCAGCAGGAAAGAUCAUGAAGUAAGCUGUGACUACAGACCUGUUCGCUGCCCGAACAACCCCAACUGCCCUCCAUUGCUCACCAUGAAUCUGGAGGCCCAUCUGAAAGAGUGUGAACACAUUAAGUGCCCUCAUUCCAAAUACGGUUGUACCUUCAUUGGGAAUCAGGACACGUAUGAGACGCACCUGGAGGUGUGUAAGUUUGAGGGCCUGAAAGAGUUUCUGCAACAGACGGACGACCGAUUCCACGAGAUGCAGGUGACACUGGCGCAGAAGGACCAGGACAUCUCGUUCCUGCGCUCCAUGCUAGGCAAACUCUCUGAAAAACUGGACCAGCUGGAGAAGAACUUGGAACUAAAGUUUGAUGUGCUGGAUGAGAAUCAGAGCAAGCUCAGUGAAGAUAUGAUGGAGUUCCGAAGAGAUGCUUCCAUGUUAAAUGAUGAACUGUCCCACAUUAAUGCCAGGCUUAAUAUGGGUAUACUGGGCUCCUACGACCCCCAACAGAUCUUCAAAUGCAAGGGUACCUUUGUGGGCCACCAGGGUCCAGUGUGGUGUCUGUGUGUGUAUUCCACUGGUGAUCUUCUCUUUAGUGGAUCGUCAGAUAAGACCAUCAAGGUUUGGGACACAUGCACCACGUACAAAUGUCAGAAGACCCUAGAGGGCCAUGAUGGCAUUGUGUUGGCAUUGUGCAUUCAGGGGAACAAGCUAUACAGCGGCUCAGCUGACUGCACAAUUAUUGUUUGGGAUAUCCAGACUCUGCAGAAAGUGAACACCAUCCGGGCGCAUGACAACCCCGUGUGCACUCUGGUGUCCUCGCACAACAUGCUCUUCAGCGGCUCCCUCAAAGCCAUUAAGGUGUGGGAUAUUGUUGGCACGGAGCUGAAGCUAAAGAAGGAACUGACUGGCUUGAAUCACUGGGUUCGUGCUCUGGUUGCUUCUCAGAAUCACCUUUACAGCGGAUCCUAUCAAACCAUAAAGAUCUGGGACAUCCGUUCUCUGGAGUGUGUCCAUGUGCUCCAGACCUCUGGAGGCAGUGUGUACUCCAUUGCUGUCACCAACCAUCAUAUAGUUUGUGGCACCUAUGAAAACCUCAUUCAUGUUUGGGACAUUGAGUCCAAAGAGCAGGUGCGGACGCUGACGGGCCACGUGGGCACAGUGUACGCCCUGGCUGUCAUCUCCACCCCAGAUCAGACCAAAGUGUUCAGUGCCUCUUAUGAUCGUUCUCUCAGGGUGUGGAGCAUGGACAACAUGAUCUGCACCCAGACUCUGCUGCGUCACCAGGGCAGCGUGACGGCGCUCGCCGUGUCCAGGGGAAGACUCUUCUCUGGGGCUGUAGACAGCACAGUGAAGGUGUGGACGUGCUAAACUCUUCAGAUAAUCAGCAUUAGUUCCAUCAAUAUGCAACUGAGAUGCAUAUGCUUAUGUAUGAACAGAGUAUGAGUAAUAAUGUGAUUUUAUCAGUUUCAAGAGAAUAUCGCAAAAUACAUUAGACCAGACAGGAUUUUCUACCCAUCUAUCAUCUUAUCAUUCUGGAUGUGGGCAUCUACCCCAUGGGAACUUUUACUGCACAGCAAAGUGUGGACAAGAAUGUGUGCGCGUGCUGGAUACAUCUUCAAGGUGCCGUUUGAUUUCCAUACCAUUGCUGUGGAACUUAUACUGGACACCUCUUGUGAGCAUGGAGAACCAUACCAUUGGAAAGCACUCUGCAUAUGUCAUAAAUAUGGCAACUCUGCAUUUUAUGUAUUUAAAUAAGAUCAGUUCCUAUUAACUUGGAGAGUUAUUUCAAGUAUUAUUAUUGAUUUUGAUCUGGAUAGACUAUAAGACUUCAAAUCCACAAACGAAACCCAUGCAGUCCAAGAUCAUGUUGCCUGCAGACCACUGCAAUGUUUUUGCAUUGCUGCUCUCAGCGGUGACUUGAACUCUGACCUUUGUGGGUUACAGUCUCAUGACUGAGUGAGUGCCUAAGCUUCAGUAUGAUGCCAAUGGAGAUGCAAGGAUACUUUUAUACAGAGCUAUCACUCUGCUUGUGCAGGAAGCGUCGUCCCAGGGCUGAAUGGAGACCUACACUAAACCAACUUGGGCCUACAACAGCAGUGCAUUGUUUUGAAGAACACAGUGCCCAUGGCUUUAGUAUAGAUUUGACUGUGCCAACUGAGCAACUGCUCAGCUAUUUUAUAACUGCCUGUUGAUCUAUGUGAAACCUUUGUAUGAUGGUGUAAUUACCUGCUCAUUCAUCAUGCUUUUAUGUAAAUAAUGCAAUGUUUCCUUACCAAAGGCACAACUGCUUCAUGCAUUUCCAUGUUUGUCAUGGAAACCAACCAAGCAAGUAACACGUGUAAUUGAAACUAGCUAAACUAGUUAAAUCACUUUUAGCUAAGUAGUUAUUAGUUUGACAAGUGAAGGAACUUACUAAAUCAUUAUCAAUCGUGCUAGGCUACAUGGAGGAAUAAUUGAGGUGAAUGCAGUGGCUUUGAAAGGGAAUAAUGCAUUGUAUGUUCAGUGUCCUGUGACAUGGUUGGGUUCUCUCUCAAGCUCAACGGGACCAACUCAAAAGCUUCAAAAAGGCUACAUAAACAGCUGCUACUUUGGAUAUCAUGGAUGCCUUUUGGUGUCAUGGGGCUACCAGAUGCAGCUUUCAGCAAGAGUUGUUCCUUCUCUAUGUACGUUUUGAGUCAGCAUUAAGACUUGUGCCUGAGAGAGGACAUGAGAUUGAGACUGUUCACUGCAAAUAUGAAAACGGUUGCUUGUAUAAACCACAUAAGCCGGAGUUUACCAUCAAAGCAGUAUCCAUUUUUAUUGAUUGUAUUAAGUGAAUUGCAUCUACUGUUAUACUUUUAUAUUCAAUUGCUAUCUUACAGGGAUAGUUCAGUCCAAAAUAAUAACUGUCAAAAUUAACUCUGUCAUCAUUUACUCACCAUGUUCUUUUUAAAUCCAUAUUACACUCAAUGUUAGCCUCAGUCACCAUUCAUUUUCAUUGCAUCUUUUUCAUACAAAGAAAAUGAAUGGUGAAUGAGGCUAAUAUUCUGCCUAACAUCACCUUUUGUGUUUCACGUCAAGAAAGGCAUAUGUCUUUGGGAAAAGAGGUUGAGUAAAUUACAAUUUUUCAUUUUGGGUGAACUAUCCCUUAAAGUCUUUUUUAACGUGGCAUUGACUCCCUCUAGUGUCCUUACAUUUUCGAAUUCUCAGUAAAAAUAAAUUGUGAUAGACUCUUUGGCCUUCUGGUACCAGUAGUAAUCAGAUGCAUUGUGUUGAGCUAUUUCCAACUCGGGCUGUUGGUCUUCAGUAAUUGGACUGCUGCAAGAGUGUUUAUAUAUAAUGUUUAUUUAGAGCAGGUGGCUGUUGAUGCAGUCACUGCAAGCACACCACUGUUCCCAAAGCCAGUCACAGCAGG